UUUUAGGUGCGCCAGAAACGUCUUCAGAAUUUGUGCUUUUUGUAUGCGAGUGAGUAGGUAGGAGAGAAAUAUUUAUCGACCAUUAUCGAGUUCAGUGUUAUCGAGGCUUCUUGCAAUCAAGAUUCAAUUAUUUUUGGAUUAAUUGCUCAUAAGUAGAGACGAGACUGAUCGGCCGUCAUGUCGGAGGCGGGGCCUUCGGACAAACAGGGCCGCAAGAAGGGCUGGCCGCGCGGCAAGAAACGCACUCUCAAGAUCAAGGAUGUGAACGCGCCCAAGCUGCCCAUGUCGGGCUACAUGCUGUUCCUGAACGACCACCGCGAGCAGGUGCGCGCGGCCAACCCGGGCGCCACCUUCUCGGAUAUGACGCGUCUGCUGGCCAACGCCUGGCAGGCGGCGCCACAGGAGGAAAAGCAGCAGUACAUGGAGGCCGCCCAGCAGCAGAAGGAGCGCUACAGCCGCGAGCUCAUCAAGUACCAGCAGACGGACGCCUACCGCGCCUUCAGUCAGCAGCUCAAGGCCAAGGGUGGCACGGUCUCCGGCGGCAGCUCUAGCAGCCGCUCCGCCCGGCACGACAAGGAGAAUGAGAAGGAGACGCGCGCGCCAGCGCCGGCCCCGUCAGCGCCUGCCCCGGCGUCAGCGCCGGCGCCGCCGCCUCCCCCGCCCCCGCUGCCGCUGGACGACAGCACGCCGCUGGAAAUACCCAUAUUCACCGAGACAUUCCUGGCGCAUAACCGCGAGCGUGAGGCCGAGCUGCGUCAGCUGCGCCGUGCCAACACGGAGUACGAGGAGCAGAACGCCACACUGCAGAAACACAUCGACAACAUGCGCGAGGCCGUGGAGCGCCUCGAGUCUGAGACGGAGCAGCAGCGCGGUCAGAAUGCGGCGCUGCAGUUGCACCUGGAGCAGCUGCGUGCCCUGCUGGCCGAACGCUUCGCCUCCGUACCGCUGCCGGGCUGCUCCGAGCCGCUGACACCAGAAACGGUGGACACCUACCUGGCCAAGCUGCAUGCGCUGCUGCUGGAGCGGCCGCAGGAGCACCAGGCGCUGCUGAGCACCGUGCGCGACAUUGUCCACCGGCUGGAGCACCAGUGACUGCGGGCUGGUACACGGGACCCGCGAGCCACCGUCCCUGCACGGUCGGAGUGUGGAGAGUUGACAGCGGCUCCGAGAAGGUCUGUUCCAGGGAGCUCCAUAGAUUCCAUUGGGUUACACGGGGAAGCCAUAAUAAGUUUAGCCCAGGGAGAACUGAGAACAUUGGUACGGUCCUGGUAAUACUAGAGUCCAUGGCACGUUUAUCCGAAUAGCUUCAGAAAUUCGGGUACAGUCAGGUCUCUGAUAUCUCCAGUGAUCGGCCUUGUCGGCUGAAUGAGACACCCCAGUGACUUCAGCCACUACACCGGAAGCUCUAGUAAUGUCUGCUCGGUCAGUCGGUCAGUGUCAAGGCAGAGCCUCAAUCUGUGCUGAGCGCAGGCGGGAGGUCUGUAGGUUCUCUAACCUCUCCGAUCUGUAUGAAGCUGCGGAAGAUCUCCGUAAAGCCUCAUGUCGGGUUUCCAGGCGAGGAUGGUGCUCUGUGGGCUAUCUACUAGACGGUAGACGGCUAACCCCUGCCAGCGCGGCGCCCCCGAUAGAUGUCGCCGACAAUCGGUCUCGGUUACAUCGCGCUCCCUUCUCCCUCUCCUCUCCUGUGUGUGAGUGAGAGAGAAGACUGGAUGGGCCAGCGUGUCCAGCCUUAUCGCCGUCAUACAACGUUCUUUGUGGGUGAGUGAUUCGGUAUGAGUGAUGAGUUCGUGAUGUCGAUACGUCCCGUAAGCCUUUACUGUCAUUGGAAACUUCGCAGUCGCGAAUCAACAGGUUUUCAAAAUAUUUAUUAUUUUUAUUUGCUUUGUUUUGCUAUCGAAGAAAACGUGGACGUCUAUUAUGUGCUUUUGUUUCCCAGCACUACUAUACCGCUAUAUUGUUUUAUUCGUGCUCGCAUUGUGUGCUGUGGAGUGAGAAUGGGUCUCUGCAUGUGCUGGUACUCAAUGUUCUCGUGAAUUGAUCCAUUCUGGGGAUCUCUGUGGGCACAAUGUGUACAUUGCAGCUGUGUUUUCUAACCUCUGGCCAUGUCGUUGGUUGGCCGUUCAGUGUAAGUCGCUAGCAGUCUGAUGUUUUGUUCACGCUCGUCUUCUGACAAUACACCAACCUUAGUAUGAUAA